UGUAGUUCCGGAACGAACCGGUUGGUAGCUCUGGUAGCUAUGCAAGAGGAGAGAAAGAGGUGCGGUGUUGCGUGACUGAUUGCGAGGCCGAGCGUGUGUGUUUGUUGUGUUGUACGAAAUUUUUAUUCUCUUUUUGGAAAAAAGAAACGUUCGCUUUUUUUCGGAAAGACCGUUUUGAAGAGAAAAUUAUGUCGUCAUAUAUCCAAGUUGCCGAAGAUGAAGGCGAUGAACCGAUCGAAUUGCCAACGGAAGACGAUAGUACACUUUUAUUGACUACCGUAACCGCCCAGUUUCCCGGAACGUGUGGCCUGAAAUAUCGCAAUCCAGAAUCUCGGACGAUGCGCGGCAUUCGUCUUGUUGACGGACGUCUUCAUCCGCCCGAAAAUGGAUGGGGCAAGGCAAUUUACUUUUGUGUUUUUCCAAAAGAGAACAAACGUAAAUCUGAUGACAAUUUGGAAAAUUCCACAGCUAAGACUAAAAGAAUGGAAACAAAGUUGCGUUGCACAGACUUGAUCGUACUUGGUUUACCAUGGAAAACAACCGAGCAGAACUUGCGAGAGUAUUUUGAAACAUUUGGAGAAGUACUCAUGGCACAAGUUAAAAAAGAUGCAAAGUCAGGACAAAGCAAAGGAUUUGGCUUUAUUAGAUUUGGAAGUUAUGAAUCCCAAUUAAGAUGUCUUGCUCAACGACAUAUGAUUGAUGGGCGAUGGUGUGAUGUUAAGGUUCCCAACAGUAAGGAGGGAAUGAUUCAGCAAGUACCCUGCAAGGUAUUCGUGGGACGCUGUACAGAAGACCUAACUGCUGAUGAUCUGCGCGACUAUUUCUCCAAAUAUGGCGAAGUGACGGACGUGUUCAUCCCAAAACCUUUCCGUGCAUUUUCAUUUGUUACUUUCUUAGAUCCCGAGGUAGCCCAGUCCCUGUGCGGCGAGGAUCACAUUAUUAAAGGAGUGUCUGUACACGUAUCGAACGCUGCGCCUAAGUCCGAGGGGAACAAUAAGAAUUUCAAUAAUCAAGUGAACUCGAAUAUGCGUAGAGGCGCCCCAGGUCCCGUCGAGAAUAACGUGCAGGGAAACUAUCAGGGUAACCGAUACAUGGGCCAUUCAGGUAAUAAUAUGGGUCCAAAUGGGUGGAACAAUCCAGGGAAUCGAGGCAAUUUGGAUAUGCCUAACCUCCAAGCAUUGGGCAUUACCGGGCAGAAUAAUGGCGGCGGCGGUGGUGGUGGUAUGUCGAAUCCACUGGCGAUGGGAGGUCUGAAUUUAUCCGCAUUACCAGUCAACCCGGCUCUGGUUGCAGCUGCAUUGAACCAAGCAUCUUGGGGUUUGAUCGGUAACUUGCAGAAUCAGGGAAACGAUCAGGGCUAUUCGAACCAGCCUGGCCCACCUGGUCAGCCACCUUCAGGCAACAAUAGUAUCGGUAACAGUGGAAACUCUGGCUUUCUCAGUUGGAUGAAUCAAGGGGGUGGUGAUGGUAAUACUGGCAAUCCUGGAACAGGUGGUCCAGGCCCGAAUAAUCCGAAUGCAUCCCAAGGUGCUUGGCAGAAUCAUCCUGGACAGCGUGAUCAGAAAUCGAACACCUUUCUCAAGUACGAAUAAGCAGCAUGGAGGGUCCCAGUGUAGUCGUGGAAAGUGGAGAAUUCGUUCCUUUGAUCCUGAUACACAUUAACUACAGUGGCAAGAGUCUAGACAAGUGUAUGUAGGUACAAAAUAUUAAUUUUUUCAUUCGUAUAAUGACAGAACCAAAGCCCUUGUCGAUGGGGAAAAGAGUUUU